ACAUUCUAGGGUCGGAGAUGCCUCCUUUUAUGUGUUACAUAUGUCAUGUCAUAAGUAUAAUACCCCCUCUAAGGACGGACUUGUUCAGCUUGGAACAUCUAAUUCAGGGAACAUGCUUCAAAGCACAACAUCUACCAACAUCUACACAUCUCUGUGAAUAACCCUGAGCUUUUAUCCACAACAGCAGCUAUUGGCUUUUGCUCUGCAUGACAUUCCAUUAUUUAUGUUUCCUCAAUCUUUGUAAAUAAUGCCCCCAAGUGGAUAUUGUGUUUACAUUUAAUAUCGAAUAUGAGGUGCAAUGAAUUAAAAUUUGAUUUUGAUCGAACAGGAAUGCAAAACCUGUCCAUAUCCUGCUCACUCGUCUGCCUCAUCAUUCUGGGCAGCGCCGCUUUGGUGGGCGCCUUCGGCGUCUGCCAGCGUCAAAUAAGUGCCAUCCUUAUUACGGGCGUCAUGUAUCUGCUGGCGGCUCUAUUUGCCCUGUUCACGCUGAUGAUAAUACACUUUAAACGGCAGCAGGGACGCCCGAUGUUGGACAGCGACUACGAUGGCACCGUCGAUGGGAUUGUGGCGCGACCGGGCGGAGUCGCUAUUAUGGCCAAACCGCUGCUGGGCGCACGUGUAUUCCUAACUUCGUGGAGUCUGGACCUGGGCUGGGGCGGCGUUGUGCUCUGCGCCAUAACGUCGGUGCUAUGGAUUCUGCUGUCAAAGAUCAUGCGGUACAACCCCUUCUCGGCGCUCAUGAUUUAGCUAAACGCCCUGCCGCUCAGCGGCUAUGGCAGCUAUGACGGCUACUAUGGCAGCUACGGCAGCACCAACAGUAACAGCAGCGGCACCAGCGCCAGUUUCUUGCUGGCUGGCGCCACAUCGUCGACGCGGCAAGCGGAGCAUCGGGGCAAAGGCAAAUACAUACUUUGAAUCUCCAACUCUCCCACUACGAAACUAAUUCCUGAUCUGUCUCUCUUGAAAUUCCACACUGCAUAUUAAACGGUUGAUUUCGAUUACUUUGAAUGCGCGCCCUCUACUCAGUUAUCAGUGUUGGAAAAUGUACCAAAAAUAUGAAACCGCAACAGAAUCAAUUGCCUUGUUCUUAUAUUAUACCGUAUACUUAUACUUAUACAUAUACUUAUACUUAUAAAACUAUAUCUUAUACUUAUUGUAAAUCAAAUUUACGAUACUCUCUCUGUCUCUCGCUCCCUCUCUGUAUCAAUGCAAUUUUUGUAUACAUUAUAUUUAAAUACUGAGCAACUCUUACACACCGCACAUUAUACAGGCCAUAAAAACAUUUGUUAUAUAGCAUUGAAAAUGUUCGGAAUUUAUUUACAAAUACCAAAACACGGCUUUUGCUUCGAAGCUCUUAUCUAGUAACAAUAUCGCUUGCAUAGCAAUUUCUAGCUUAUCUCAAAUUAAUGGGCCGAAAAAUAAUGU